AUGCCUCUCAUAUUCUCUGCUUCAGAUGACCAGCAAGUAAGGGUGUGGGAAUGGAAUGAAAACUCAGCCUCACAGAUACGUACAUUGCAAGGUCAUGCAGAUAAUGUGUCUUCUGUUCUCUUCCACGCACAACAGAACCUGCUUGUGUCUAACUCCGAUCACAGAGGCAUCCGCCUCUGGGGAGUCAAGAAAAUUACUGAUCUUGCUCCUCCUAUCACAGUUCCACGACUUCCUCGCUAUGCAGUGUCUUUCAAAACUGAAUCUCGUCUUUUACUUGAGGAGCAUAGAGUAUGGUCUUUAGCAGUUCACCCAGAAUUUAGUGUAAUUGCUGGGGGACUUGACAGUGGAAUGAUGGUGUUUAGGCUUGUUAGAGAACGUCCUGUGUUUGCUGUUGGUGGGGAUUUCUUGUUCUUUCAGAAGGCCAAUUCGUUAUUCAAGUAUGACUUCUCCACAAGGCAAGAACCGACAGUUGUCCUUGGGCCUGGGUCUGAACUAAGGACUUUGUCCUAUUGCCCUCAAAGCAAUGCUCUUCUCUCCUCCUCCUCAGAUGCAGAUGGUGAUGGUGACCAACUGUACAAGCUACCAAGUGUCAACAGUGAGCGUGUCCAACUCCCAAAUGGUACUACUGGUCUUCGUUCUUCAGCUUUCCUUGGGACUCCCGGGGUUUUUGCUGUUCUUCAUAGCACGGAGGGAAACAUGGUCGCAGCCUCAGUCUAUGAUCCUCAAAACUCCUUGCUUGGUUCUGUACGUCUGUAUCAUGGUACUCAUUCCAUUUACUCUGCUGAGUCCCUUGAAUCUCUGUUAUGCAUCAACGAUUCUGGAGCUGUAAAGGUUAACUUUGCAACCAAAGAAAUAUGUGCUGGGAUUAAAUUUCCUAGGGCUAAAUCUGCGGUUUGGUCUGGUGAUAUGGAGAGAGUUGCUUUCCUCAGCAAACACUCUAUCUGUGUCUCCGACAAAUACCUUGAACUCAUGUAUAUCAUCAAUGACAGCCACGUGAAGAGUGCAGCUUGGAAUGAGCAUGGAGUUUUGUUCUACAGUACACUGACCGAAAUUAGCUACCGUUGUCGUAAUGACGAUACUGGAACAAGACCACUACAUCUCCCUCUCUAUAUCACCAAGGUAUCUGGUGGAGUAAUCUUUUGUCUGAACAGGAAUGCGGAUGUCGUUCUUCUCGAUGCUAAAAACGAUGUGGGUUAUGAACCUGUUGAUCACCAGAAUAUAUUGGGAACUGGACAUGUUGUGGAAGAUGAUGCUGAUGGGAAUGAACCGAUAAUGGGAGUGCUUGAACCGAUAAUGGAAGAGCUUGAACAUGAUGCUGAUGGCUAUGAAGCUGGUGGGAAUGAACAAGGAUUGGAAGAUGUUGAAGAUGGGAAUGAACAAGGAUUGGAAGAGCCUGUGGGGUUGCCGAUAUGGGAUACGUCGCCUAACGGGUCACAGUGA